CGCAAAUAGAAAUCAACAAGGAAUGAAGUUCCUUAAGUAAGUUGCCAUCUCAUGGACCAGUUCACAGCUGGAUCAAUCGUAUGGGCAAGUGCCCGUAGAGACAUUUUUUGGCCUGGCGUGGUGGUUGACGCUAAGGACACUGCACCUAUACCAGCUAAAAAAUAUGUUAGCGUAAAUUUCCUGAUUGAGGAUUCAUAUGAAGACAUCAAGAGUCCCAGCAAGAUUUUCUUGUGGAACUGUGAAAAACAAAAUACAUUUAUUGAAAAAGGCAGAGCGUUAAAGAGUGAAGAACGAAAAAUCAUUUUUAAUAGGGCUGUCGCAAAAGCAGAUAAUCUGUUGAAGCAAGACGUGGAAAGAAGAGUUGUAAAUUCUUCAGAAACUCAGAAGAUUCCAAAUGUGACAAAUAGAAGAAGUACGAUAAAACAACAUUUGGAAAGUCUGGAUGGAGCAUUGGAGCAGAAUGGUAGCAACUGUGAAGUGGAAUUGGACACAGCCAAAGCAAAUGAAGAAAAAGGAAUAAUGAAAAGUCAGAAAGAACAUGUGUUGAAAGGGCAGUCAAAUUACUUAACGUCAGAGGCCAGUGAAACCAAAGAGCACUCACAAGCCUUUCAAAGACAUCAGAGCUUGUCAAAGGAAAAAAGAAAACGAAAGGAAAAAGACCCUUGCAAAAAAAUAUUACCAGCAAAGAAAGCAAAAUCAACUGAUCAAGUUGUACUAAGUGAGGUAAAACCAGAGCAAAAUGAAAAGAAUGUGGAAGAGUUGGAUCUGAGGACAUCAACUUGUAACAAAGAUAACCUUGUUGCAAAUGCAAUCAGUACAAAUGGUAAUAGUAGCAUCACUUCAGAAGGGAGCUCUGAUGAUGAAGAACUCAUGUCUGAACUAUUUUCUCCAAGCCAAGAAGCUGAUAAUCAUUUUUCAGUUGGUGAUAUUGUUUGGGCAAAAUAUUAUCGUGAACCUUAUUGGCCUGCUGUGGUAAAAAAAAUCAUUGGAAAAACAAAAAAAGAAAAGAAAUAUGUUGUGAAAUUUCUUGGCUGGAAUGAUGACCUGUUCAAAGUCCAACCCAAAAAGUUAGAACAUUAUGCUCGGGAUCAAAAUCGAGAAAAAUUCAUGCCUGUCAGAGACACCCUGAAUGAUAAGGACUUGGUAGUGCAGUUUGAUCUAGCUGUUGAUGAGGCUGAUGAUUUUCUAACAAGGAAAGCACUUGGUGAAAGUCUUGAUGAGGAGCUUGAUUCAAAGAUUGACAAAGACGAAGAGGAAGAAAUUGAAGAAGAGGAUGAAACGCAAUCUGCUGGUGAUGGACAAGCAGAGGAAGAAUAUCUACGAACUCACAAUCCCUCUGAACGUAGGAGGUCAUACCGAACAAAAAGGCAAGUGUCGCAGUACGGGGACAUAUUAUCGUACAUCGGGCAGGCAAAACCAAUCUUGAAACAGAUUUUAGAUGGCAAAAGAUCAUCCGAGCGCCAUAUGACUUUCAUGAGUGGAACAACUAACGAAAGGAAUCAGUUAAAACACCGAGCAGGGUUUGGUCCUAUCGGGAAUGAGGCGGUGCGAAAUCAGAUUAUGGAUAGGCUUGUGGAAUUCUUCAGAGAAAUAAAAGGAAACACGCUGGGUAUCUCUUACGUAUCAGAGGUGUGGUUACCUGAGGCAAUAAUUUGGUCAAUACAAGAGAUCAAUCACGUGAACAGGGAGAGGGCUGAGGAAAUGUUUCUGGAGGGAAGCAAGUCCACUGUGACAAAUGCUGAAGUCGAAGAGUUUAAGUCGACGUUAAAGAAAAAAGGGAGAGUAAACAGAGAAGAAGCAGAAAAGAGGAUAAGGCGGGCAGAAAGAGCAAUGGCUUGCUGAAAGCUGAAGAUCGCUGUACCCGUAGUAAAUCCACGCACCUUUGCGUGAAAGUCUGAUGUACUUACGCCGCGUUUCGGUUGUUCAGUAGCCGUAGCAACGUCUCUACAAAAGAGAUAACAUGCACUUUCAGGAUAUUUUAGCGCUGUUCUAGAAUGCAGAGUAGAUUUAAGAUAGUCUGACAAGUGGCAGAUUUUACUGAUUAAAUAGCCCUUGCAAUCUGUAGGACAUAGCCACAGUCUCUAAUACUCUUGGGUAUAAAGUUGCCAAGAUGAACAAUAAAUAGUCAGUCAUAAGACGAAAGAAAUUUAAUCAAUGAUGAGGCUCACUUUAUUGUGAGAUUUAGAAAAAGUCCCUACAAGGUGUGUCCUGUAGAAAUAUCGCAUCAAAUGUGUAUUUUUAAGCAGUCGUGGUUGCAAGUAUAAAUUAAGGUAUCUUUAUUAUAGGCUUGUGAUGAAAAAGAUCGAGUUAGAAAAAAUUCAAUUUCAUUCUGCACCUUACAUUAGUUGACUAACACGACUAAAUAACUGAGCACACUCUUACAUUGAAAAGGAACAGAUUUCCUUUUUAAGUGCCAUGGACCUUUAGUUUGUUAACUAACAAAAAAUUAAUGUUUUAUAACAGGGGCAUUUUAUCCUACGUUACGGAUAAUAAAGGACCUACGA